AACAACCCUAAGCCCAGCACGGCUGUUUUUUGUAUUUAAUUUUUAAUUAUUCCUUAUUUUGAUAUAAAUAAAGGAAGAUAAGGCACCACCCAACGAGCCAUUACCAGGCUAUCUCAUUUUCUGCACCCCGGUAAUCAACUGGCAAGGCCGAACAAACUCGAAGUGGAAGUGGAAAACGACGGAGCGCCACAGGACGAAAAAGUUGGCGGAGCGGAGGAAAUGACCAGCAACGCAGGAAACAAUGGAGCUUCUGUCCACGGAGGGGGCAACGGGACACUGGAGGGUACCCUCAGCAAGUGGACCAAUGUGAUGAAGGGCUGGCAGUACCGCUUCUUUGUUCUCGACGAGAAUGCGGGGCUGCUCUCAUACUAUACGUCCAAGGAAAAGAUGAUAAAGGGCGUGCGCCGGGGCUGUGUGCGGCUGAAAGAUGCCCUCAUCGGGAUCGACGACCAGGAGGACAACACAUUCACAAUCACGGUGGACCACAAGACCUUCCACUUUCAGGCGCGUCACAGCGAGGAGCGGGAGCAGUGGGUGCGCCGUUUGGAGGACACGAUUCGGCGCCACGCAAACCGCUCCCGGCUAUGGGACAAUCAGAGCACCUAUUACAUCGCCGGUGGCUACACAAAGGAAGGCAGCGCUAGUGGCGCUGUCGGACCAGACGGAGGCAGGAGACAAAACCACCUCGAUCUGCUGGCCCGCCGUGUUUCCGAGGCGGACGCCUAUCUUCAGCUGAUGAUAGACCAGACCAAUCUGCUGGAGAAACGUAUCGAGGAGCUGGAAGACCCGGCCGAACAGGCCAAGUGCAAGGUGCUGCAGGACAACGCCAAUGCCAUGCUGGAUCACAUCAAGCACUCAAUCGUCAGCCUACAGAUUGCCAAGAACAUGGCCCAUCCAAUCAAUGGCAUCUACAAUGGGCCACCACCGGUGACCGCCUCAACGAGCUCCUCCGUCAGCGUAGCCACCAGUAUCAGUAAUCUACCAUCAGGUGAGCCCAAGUCCGUUACGGGCCAAGGGCCUCCGACUGCCAUUGGCGGCGGAAAAGGUGAGCCCUGUGACGACGAGGACGACUCGGUUACGGAGAACGUUACCACAGCCCCCCUCGGCCUGGUUGUGCCCGAAACCUCGUACUCGAGCAGCGAGGGCGAGGAUGACUUCUACGAUGCCUACGAUGAUCCCUUCACUAGCCUUGGUAGCUCCCCGAUUGGCUGUGCCACUCGUGGAUUCGCGGAAUCCACUUCGCCUACCCACGGCAAGGGGCCCGACACCCUUGGGUUGGCUGGUGCCACUGCCGAGUCAGCACCCCUGCCCGAUUUCGAAGCCAAGACCCCCCCUGAGCCGACACUGCCAGAAAACACAAGGAGCGUGGCGGAUUCCGCGCCCAGGGCAACAGCCACCUGCCGAAGUGACAGCUACGACAAUGGAAUAGACUACGACGCUCUGUACGAGGAAGAGGAGGAGACGGACCUCAGCAUGGAGGCGCACGGUUCGAUGAUUACCCACUUGCUCUCACAGGUGAAGAUUGGCAUGGAUCUCACCAAGGUGGUGCUUCCCACGUUUAUCCUGGAGCGGCGUUCCCUUCUCGAAAUGUACGCCGACUACUUUGCCCAUCCAGAUCUGUUCUUGAGAAUCUCCGAGCUGGAUGACCCGCGCGAUAGGAUAGUCCAGGUAUGCCGCUGGUACUUGAGUGCCUACCAUGCUGGACGCAAGAGCGCUGUCGCCAAGAAGCCGUACAAUCCAAUCCUGGGCGAGGUGUUUCAAUGCCAUUGGGAUAUUCCGGGAGAGACCCCUGAUGCCCACGAGGUGCGUGAUGGCCCGGUUCCUUGGUGCCGCAGGGACCAGCUAACCUUCUUAGCGGAGCAAGUCUCGCACCAUCCGCCAAUCUCGGCCUUCUAUGCGGAGCACUACAACAAGAAAAUCACCUUUGCGGCUCACGUCUGGACCAAGUCCAAGUUCUUGGGUCUUUCGAUUGGAGUGCACAACAUUGGCGAGGGCGUAGUCACCUUGGUGGACCGCAGCGAGGAAUACAUAGUAACCUUUCCCAACGGCUACGGCAGGUCCAUUUUGACGGUGCCUUGGAUCGAGCUAGGUGGUUCUGUGGAGAUCAAGUGCCCCCAGACGGGCUAUUACGCGAAUGUGGAGUUCCUCACGAAGCCCUUCUACGGCGGUAAGCGGAACAAGGUCACAACCGAGGUUUAUGCUCCCAGCGAAAAGAAACCCUUUGUAUCGAUUGCCGGCGAGUGGAGCGGCUUGAUGGAAGCCAAGUGGCACGAUAAAAAUAAAACCGAAGUAUUCGUCGACGUAAAUCGCAUACCCAUAUUUAAGAAACAAGUUCGACCAAUCGUUGAGCAGGAUGAGUACGAAUCGCGUCGAGUAUGGAAGGAAGUGACGGCGGGACUCAAAUUCAAUGACAUCGAACGCGCCACCAAUGCCAAAUUCGUGGUGGAGCAACAGCAGCGGGACCAGGCCAAAGUACGCAAGGAGUACGACCUGGCCUGGGAGCACAAGCACUUUAAGCCAGUGGGCGACAACUGGAUCUAUGCCAAGCCACUGAGCCAGCGCAUGUAUCUGCAGGAGAAGGAGGCUAAGAGAUAAUGUUGGCGGUUGCCAAUGCCUGUUUAUUUGGAUCAUAUCAAGAACGAGCCUCUGCUAUAUAUAUUAAAUUCCACAAGUGCGCAAACUUCGGAUUACUCUAACGAUACAACGUAAACAAGUCAGGAUUUGUGAUGAUUCGGUCUGGUCUGGUUAUGAAUUAUUGUAAAUAGUGAAACAGACCAGAAGUGGAAGCCUGAUCGCAAUGAAAGGCAGUUACAGAUUGAACAAAUUUUGUUUUCUAUUAUUAAGAACUAGUGUGUUUCAAGAAGCAAUCGCAAUACUGCAAAACACGAACACCUUUUACACUAAUAAUUAGUUAACUAGCUGCAACUGCAAAGAGUAACCGCAACCAAUACACAAUAUGGGAAUAUCAAAAAGUUGUAGACUACAGAAUUGGUAAAUACAUAAUUAAGGAUAGAAACUAUUUUUGAAAUAAAAGACUCUUCUAUAGACGAAACCCAAUACCGGCAUAUGCAUACGAUACGGCAAUUAGCUUGCUUCUCUAGUUACCCAAGAUCCCAGACCCCCAGACAGACACUGCACAAUAAUUUUUCCAAUUCAUAGUGUUAACUAUACGAAUACCUCUAGUAUUAUAUUUUAAAUUAAAUUCCAAAACGUCACGAUGAUAAAAUAAAAAGCUUUACUAACAGUUCACUAAACCAGAUAAGUCCUCCCCCCAAAAACAAAAAACUAAAACACACACCGAAUGCUACGCUUACAACGUUUAUAUAUUGUUUUAAACUUUAUUUUAAUCGAAACAGUGAUAAAUCACAAAUUGUACCGGAGACAAAAUAAAAUUAUAGAAAAAUAAAUUUUA